GAGAAAGCAGCCCGUGUCGAGCUCUUCACUGAUCUCAUCCGCUCCAUUGAGAGAUGUCAGACUGAACUGCUGGAGAUGAUGGAGGAGCAGCAGAAAGCAGCAGAGAAACAGGAGGAAGAGCUCAUUGAAGAGCUGGAGCAGGAGAUCACUGAGCUAAAGAUGAGAAACACUGAGCUGGAGCAGCUCUCACACACUGAAGAUCACCUCCACCUCCUACAGGCUUGAAGAGGGAAAAAAACAAUGGCAGAAUCUUCACCAACAUCAACAAAAGAAAGAAAAACCAGGAGAUGGAGUAGAGAUGAACCUCCAGCGAUGUCAUCCUCCAGCGGUCCACUGACUGAGGAGCUUCAGUGCUCGAUAUGCCUGGAUAUGUUCACUGAUCCAGUCAGCACUCCAUGUGGACACAACUUCUGCAAGACCUGUCUGAAGAAGUGCUGGGACAACAGCCAGACCUGCAACUGUCCAUAUUGUAAAGAAACAUUCAAGCACAGACCUGAUCUCAAGAUUAAUACCACACUCCGAGAAGUUGUAGAUCACUAUAAAAAGAAAAGUCCUGAAAGAAAACCUGAAGUUCUGAAAAAACCUGAAGUUCUGUGUGACGUCUGUGAGGAAAGAAAGCUGAAAGCCCUGAAGUCGUGUCAGGUGUGUCAGACCUCUUACUGUGAAACUCACCUGGAGCCUCAUUUGAGAGUGGCAGGUUUAAAGAAACACAAACUGAUCAAUCCUGUGAGGAAUCUGGAGGACUAUAUAUGUCAGAAACAUGAGAGACCUCUGGAGCUGUUCUGUAGAGAUGAUCAGACAUGUGUGUGUUCGAUGUGUGCUGUAAAAGACCACAAGAACCACAACACUGUUUCUUUAGAAGAGGAGAGUGAAAAGAAGAAGACUCAACUGAUGAAGACACAGAAAGAUGUGCAGCAGAUGAUCCAGGACAGAAUCAAGAAGAUUCAAGACAUCAAACACUCAGCAGAAGUCAGAAAAAGAAACACAGAGGAGGAGAAAGCAGCCCGUGUCGAGCUCUUCACUGAUCUCAUCCGCUCCAUUGAGAGAUGUCAGACUGAACUGCUGGAGAUGAUGGAGGAGCAGCAGAAAGCAGCAGAGAAACAGGAGGAAGUGCUCAUUGAAGAGCUGGAGCAGGAGAUCACUGAGCUAAAGUUGAGAAACACUGAGCUGGAGCAGCUCUCACACACUGAAGAUCACCUCCGCCUCCUACAGAUUUACUCAUCCCUGUGCAGCUCUAGAAACACCAGGAACUGGUCUGAGAUCAGUGUGAAGACUGAUGAGAGUCUGGAGACUCUGAAGAAAGCUCUGACUCAACUGCAGGACACUCUACAGGAGAAACUCACACUAACUGUGCUGAAGAGGAUGCAGCAGUAUGAAGUGGAUGUGACUCUGGAUCCUGAUACAGCUCAUCCUAGACUCAUCCUGUCUGAUGAUGGAAAACAAGUGAGACAUGGAGACAUUGAGCAGAAACUCCCAGACAACCUGAAGAGAUUUAAUUACUGUGUAGAUGUCCUGGGAAAGGAGGGAUUCUCCUCAGGGAGAUUUUAUUAUGAGGUGCAGGUGAAGGGAAAGACUAAAUGGGAUUUAGGAGUGGCCAGAGAAUCCAUUAACAGGAAGGGAGAGAUCACAAUGACUCCCAGUAAUGGAUUCUGGACUGUAUGGCUGAGGAAUGGGAAUGAAUAUGCGGCUCUCUCUGCUUCUCCUGUCCGUCUGUGUCUGAGAGUGAAGCCGCAGCGGGUCGGUGUGUUUGUGGAUUAUGAGGAGGGUCUGGUCUCCUUUUAUGAUGUGGAGUCCAGCUCUCAUAUCUACUCUUUCACUGGUCAGUCUUUCACUGACAAACUCUAUCCAUAUUUUUGCCCGUGCCUUAAUGAUGGAGGUAAAAACUCAACUCCACUGAUCAUCACACCUGUCAAAUACAAUAAAUGAAUUUACACUCCUAAUUUGAAAUACUUAAUGAAUAUAAUGCUUCAUAUGAUUAAUGUUUAAAAAUGGAUGAUCUUAAUGGAACUGAAUCAACACUGAACUGACUUCAGCUGAACAAUGACACUAUUUUUAUAUUUUAUAUUUACUAUUUUAGAGCUGCUGUACAGUCGAAAUGAACUGUUUGCAUCGUUGAAUCAUUUUCCUGUUAUCACUGUAAAGCUGCUUUGAAACAGUCUGUAUUGUAUAAAACACUUUAUAAAUAAAGGUGACUGGCCUGAUUUUUAUAUUUCAGGUUUACAACCAUAA